AUGAGCGGCAUCAACGUCAUCAUGGGUUCGCUGUCGCCCAUGCUUGUCAAUCAGCCCGACCUCACGCGCUAUGUGCAAAAGCCGCGCGAUGCCGGUCUGCUGCCGGGUGGGGUAUGGGUCACGGCCUACUGGAACCCGUGGGACCUUCUUGAUGCCAUCCUCGACCACUACUGGACCCCUGGUGCCCGCGCCGGUGUCUUUUUCGUCUCGUUUGCUUUUUUGCUGGCCGUGGUUGCCACCAAUCUCGGUUGCAACUCCAUCCCGUUUGGUGCAGAUAUCACGGUCUUUUCCCCAGGUGGCUCACCAUCCGCCGCGGGCAAAUGGAGGUGCCGCCGCGUCCUGGCCAAGGUCGAAAGGCUAGGCGCGGUCUUGGGCCUCGGUCGUUGCCAACGAUGGUAUGAGCUUUGCUUUGCUUUGCGGCGCAUUUACAUGCCUCCAGCCAGCUUCUCGUCACGAUAUUCCGGAAAAGGGCUCGAGUUUGCAAUCCACAUUUCAGGAUCGGGCUGCCUCAGCCCGGCGACCACUGCGUGGAGCCCUUUUGCCUUGUAUGCUCGCAUCUUUGCUGGACCUAGGAGCACCGGCUGA